AUGGUUGCUACUGGACAUAAUGUCGGCAUCGCGUUUGCGCUCAACAUCGCCGCCGGCCUCGCCACGUGCAUCGGCGGGUCGGUCGUGUUCAGCAAGAGCCUCGUGCACCUCGCGAGCCCCAAGAGUCUGUCGGUGGCGCUCUCCCUGUCAGCGGGGGUGAUGCUCUUCAUUUCGCUCGUGGAAAUCUACGGCAAGAGCGUCGAGGGGUUCACGGCGGGCCUUGGCGAGGACAACGCUGACGGCGAGUACGAAUGCGACCAGACAUGCCAGGGCAACUCGUGGCUCGCGGUCGUGGGCGAAGGACUCAACCCCGUCGUGGAGGGCGUCAUGUUCGGCAUUGUCACGGGCAUGAUGGUCACCAUUUCCAUCAAGGAGCUCAUCCCCACGGCGGUCAAGUACUGGCCCCAAGGUAGCGUCGUCACGGUUGCGAUCUUCGGCGGCAUGCUCAUCAUGGCCACCAGCUUGAUCCUCUUUGCUUACGCCGGGGUCUAA